UGACUCUCCCGAAGUGACCCCGAAACCAACUCCGCCAUGCGUCCCAUUCUCAGCUCUUCCUCCCCGUGCUCCGGCCCAACUCCGCGGCCAACGGCCGCCAAGACCACCAGCGGAAAAGAGACCGCCGCCUCCUCCUUCUCCGACAUCCACCACGACAUCCUCCAAUCCCACAUCCUCACUCGGCUCGACGGCCCCGCCCUUGCCUCCGCCUCCUGCGUCUCCACUUGCCUGAGCGCGCUCUCGUCUGACGAGCGCCUCUGGGCCGACAUCUCCCACUCCACUUGGCCGUCGAUCAAUGCGCCGCACGUCUGUCGCAUCAUUUCCACCUUUCCUGGCGGCCACUGGUCCUUCUUCACCGACGCGUACCCCCUUCUCGCCGACAACGCCGGCUCUCCUUCGACGGCACAUCCCCCUCCGCCUACCGAACUCCACCGCCGCCCAUCGGAGCUGAUCUCGGCCGUCGACAUCCGCUACCGGGGGCAGCUCAUCUUUAGCAAGACCGCCGAGACCGAGACCGAGACCGGGUGGUUCCGGUGCUCCCCGUUCCGCAUCGACAUGCUGGAGCCAAAGGAUGCAGUGCCGACGCCAGUCCCCUUCCCGAGCCCCGACGACGCGUGCGGCGACCUUGGGGACAGCCUGAGGCUGAGCUGGGUCCUGAUCGACCCGGAGGGGCGGCGGGCGAUGAACCUCUCGAGCGCCGCCCCGGUAUCCAUCCAACGCCACUGGCUCAGCGGGGAGGUGCACGCCCGGUUCGCGACGGUGCUGCCCUACGGAGAGCGGGGCACGGCGGCGGAGCGGGUGGCCUGCACGAUCGCCGUCACGUGCGGGGGGUCGGGCGGGGGGGCCAUGCAGGUGAGGGAGGUGAGCGCGCAGGUGGAGGACAUGGAGGGGACGUACCUGAACGGGGGGGACAGCCUGGCUAUCUUGCGGAGGGCCAUGGAGGGCAAGAGGGGGAAGAAGACGAGGGAGGAGGAGGAGGGGCGGAGGAGGUACGACGAUUUCUUGGAGCGGCGGAGGGAGAGGAGGGAGAGGCGGGCGAGGGCGGAGGGGACGUUGGACGCCCUGUGCGUGGGCUUCGGAUCGGCGGCGCUCGUGGCCUUCUGGUUGUUCAUUCUGUGCAGAUGAAGUGCGAGGAGGAAGAGGAGGAAGAGGAGGAGGGGGGGCAAUGAGAAGAUUGCAUUGCCAUAAAAAGGAGCUUAAAAAAAUAUAUGCUUGUUAUAGAAAAUGAAAUCUUCAAUUUAUUCAAGAAAAACAAAAAAAAAUUUUACCCUCUUUUGUAUACCUACUCCUGCAAUUAGAUUGGAGUAAAAUGCUAGGGAGACAGUAAAUUCUGUUGAAUUUGAUUUUAGAAAUGAUGUAUUGAAUUUCGGGUGGACCUUUGAAUAUGUGAGGGCGUCACCAAAGGUGAUUCGCCAGACAAAACAUGAGUAAUAUCGAUCGUGAAAUCUCUUUUGAUUGUAACAGUGAUAGCUGGUUUUUAAUUAGCAGCAUCCAUUGUCCGAUUUCUCUAUUUAAAGAAACGAGAUUAAUUUAGCAA